AUGUUCAUCAUAUCUGAGUUCAAUCCGCAACUAUUAUCGGAGUCUGACUCAGAAGAUUCAAACUCCGCAUCUACAUUUUCUACCCCCAAUGUGUCUGAAAUGACAAAUAAUGUAAGUAGCAAUAAUAGCAAUAUGAACAAUAAUAAUAUAGUCACAUACAAAGGACAGAUCAAGUCACUUCAUGAUGCUCUACUUGUUCUAGAAGCGACAAGAAUUGGUAAAUUGCCUACUAUAAACCGUCGUUUAUCAACAUUCGAACGCAAGAAAUUUAUAAAGCCAAAUUCUAUUUUUGUUUGGAAUGAAACAAGUUGUGGGAUGAAAAGAUGGACCGAUGGGAAGAUGUGGUCAGCUUCUAAAGUAUUUAACAAUCACUUCUUAAUUUACUAUGAAAAAUCCACGAAAGACGAUACUAGUAACGAUUCCGAUGAUGGUGACGGUCUUAUAAAGCAAAGCUUUUCAUUAAUAACGAAAGAUUACCAACGCUUACAUUUAAUCUACUACUUCAAGAAAUCUCAAUUGGAGGAAAUGAAAGCUUCUGCUAUACAUAUAAGGAAAAGGAAAUUGGAUUCUCCCACAGCUUCUGAUGACGAAGAUGCUGGAAUCAAGAAAGAGGGAGAGCAAACGACUAUACAGCAAGCUAAGUUACCAAGUCAAGAUCCCUACUUAAAGGAUCUUGCUUUAAGUAAUGAUAUCUAUCCACAGAAUCUUUUA